AUGGCUUCCCAAGACCCCCUCAUCGUCCUCCGUCGCGCUCUCACCUCGAACCAACCGAUCUCACUCCUCUCGUCCUCCGGCACCGAAGUCUUCGACCUAAAGUCCGCCGAAUCCAUCUCACUCGGCUCCGUCGUCCUGCCCAAGAACACUCCCACGCGCUUCCUGGUCGACGCAAAUGCAGACCCCACCAACCCCGCCGCGCCGACAUUCGACCUCCAGUCGCUGCUGUUCGGCUACAAUGAGCGCGAGGCGAAUCCCGGAUUGUACAUGCGGAAGACGACCGAGGCGGGUGUGGGCGCCAUCCCGAUCACAGAGCGUAGGGUCGUGUUGGACUACUUGAGCGGGAAUGGGCCGGAAGAGGGACCUGAAGGACGAGUUAGGCCUUCGCCUGCGUCGGCAAAGAGGGAGGCGGAGGACGAGGUGGCGGGCGCGAGUGCGGGCGCGGCGCCUGGAACGGCGGGGGGGGCGCCGCCUAUGAAGAAGCAGCGGUAUGUGCCGGACAAGGACGACCAGGAGAAGGUCAAGAAGAUGGCGGCCAUCGUGGAGGGUGCACCGUACGGGUUUGUGGUCGGGCCGGGCGAGAAGAAGUACGAAAAGACGGGCGCGGUGUACCACAACCGCGAAACGGUCCUGCGAGGGGAGCGCAUCAACAACUUCGAAUCGGUCCUCUCGCUCGUCGCGCCUCGACUGAAACAAAUGCGCGACGACCAGCAGCGGAAACAGCCGUCUGCGCAAUCCGCCACGCCCUCCGCUCCCGCCGCACGACCGCAAAAGAAGAAGCAGCUCAACCCAAUCAUCAUGAUCUCGCCAUCCUCGACUGCGCUCAUCACCAUGCACAACGUCAAGCAGUUCCUCGAAGAGGCGCGCUUCAUUCCAUCCGAAGAGGCCCGCCGCCUCGCCUCGGGCGGCAACGUCUCAGGCUACAUCGCCGAAGACGUCGUGCAAGUGAACCACGCCCGCGCAUCCGCCUCGUCCUCCUCCUCCGCGGCUGCCGCCAACACCGCCGCGACACGACACGCGCGGUACUUUGUCGUCGACUCGGUCGAGGCGCUGAGCAAGUUUGGUGGAGCGGGAAAGCUGGAUGAGGCUUGGGACCGAGUAGUGUGCGUCAUGACGACUGGGCAGGAGUGGCAGUUCAAGCCUUACAAGUGGAAGGAGCCGAAGGAGCUGUUCCACCACGUCAAGGGCAUGUACCCUCAAUGGACGACCGACCCUGUGAAUGCCAAGGUCAGGAGCUGGAACGUCUCCGAGCUGCGAAUCGAUCCUCACAAGCGCCACAUCGACAAGAGCGUCGUUGCCGACUUCUGGCGCAGUCUCGAGACGUGGAUCCAGGCGAACAAGCCUUGGUUGUCGUUCUGA